AUGAAUAUGUUGACAAAGUUUGAAUCGAAAAGUAACCGAGUAAAAGGUAUAUCUUUUCACCCAAAGAGACCCUGGAUUUUAGCGUCACUGCAUAACGGCUGUAUACAGUUAUGGGAUUACCGAAUGGGAACAUUAAUGGAGAGAUUUGAAGAGCAUGACGGGCCUGUACGUGGUGUUUCCUUUCAUUCAACGCAACCACUUUUUGUAUCUGGUGGAGAUGAUUAUAAGAUUAGGGUAUGGAACUACAAGACCAAAAAAUGCUUGUUUACAUUGAAUGGACACAUGGAUUAUAUUCGCACUGUUUUCUUUCAUCAUGAAUAUCCUUGGAUUAUUUCAGCCUCAGACGAUCAAACGAUUCGAAUUUGGAAUUGGCAGUCUAGAAAUUGUAUUGCUAUCUUGACAGGUCAUAAUCAUUAUGUGACCUGUGCUCAAUUCCACCCAAAACAGGAUCUCAUUGUGUCUUCCUCAACUGAUCAAACGGUACGCGUAUGGGAUAUCUCGGGUUUGGUGAAAAAGAAUAAAUCUCCUGCUCCCAUGUCCUUUGACACCUCUUUUGCUCCUGGCAAUCCUCAGGCGGAUUUAUUUGGAUCCAUGGAUGUCAUGGUCAAGUAUGUGCUUGAAGGUCAUGAUCAUGGUGUGAAUUGGGUUUCUUUUCAUCCUACUUUACCUCUUAUUAUAUCUGCUGCUGAAGAUCGUCAAGUGAAACUUUGGAGAAUGAAUGAUGUCAAGGCAUGGGAAGUAGACAGCUGUCGAGGAUCAUCAAACGGCGUAUCAAGUGCAAUUUUCCAUCCCAAGCAAGAGCUUAUUUUAUCAGCCGGCGAGGAUCGAUCAAUCCGGGUAUGGGAUCUUACCAAACGAACCUCGGUUGCUACAUUUAAGCGUGAUCAAGAUCGUUUCUGGGUUCUUGCGUCUCAUCCUGAGCUAAACUUGUUUGCAGCAGGACAUGACAAUGGUUUGAUCGUCUUUAAAUUGGAACGCGAAAGACCUGCUUUUCAAGUCAGCGAUAACCAAUUAUUCCAUGUCGAGAAAAAAGUGCUUCAGAUGCACGAUCUUUUGACUUCUUCAAGUCAGGAACUUUUGAGCGUCAAGAAAUUAGGUUCUCAAUUUAUUCAGCCUCGUAAUUUAUCUUACAACCCUGCGGAGCGUACAGUACUUGUUACCACUUUGGAAAAAGGUGGAUUAUAUGAACUGUACCGAUUACCCAAAUCAACCACCGGCGCCCUUCCAGAACCCAGUGACGAAUCCAAACGAGGAAAAGGAUACAACGCCUUAUUUAUUGCUCGAAAUCGAUUUGCAGUCUUUGAUAAAGAGAACCAACAGAUUGAAAUCCGUGAUUUAUCCAAUAUCGUUACCAAGUCAUUCAAGCCUCCUGCAGCGGGUGUGACAGAUAUAUUUUAUGCCGGUGCUGGAUCGUUAUUGAUUGCCAAUAGUUCCAGUGUAUUUUUGUUUGAUAUCCAACAACGACGAGUUAUUGCGGAAGUGGAUGCAGUAUCAGUAAAAUAUGUGGUUUGGUCCGAUGAUCUUUCGAUGGCAGCACUUUUGAGUAAACAUAUGGUGACCAUCGUGGAUAAGAAUUUGAAAUUGAUUAGUCAAACACAUGAGACGAUUCGAAUUAAAAGUGGUAUCUGGGACAAUUCCGGUGUAUUCUUGUACUGUACUUUGAAUCAUAUUAAAUAUGCAUUACCUGAAGGAGACAAUGGUAUUAUUCGUACCCUCGAGCAACCUGUGUAUAUGACCAAAGUACAAGGGAAAACACUCCAUGUCCUUGGUAGAAAUGGAAAGCCUGGAAAAUUGGAGAUCGACCCUACCGAAUUUAAAUUCAAAUUAGCUUUAGCUAAACGACAAUAUGAAGAAGUAUUGCAUAUUAUUCGUACUUCCAAUUUGGUAGGUCAAGCCAUCAUUGGGUAUUUGCAAAAGAAGGGAUACCCAGAAAUUGCACUUCAUUUUGUCAAGGACGAUAUCACUCGCUUCGAACUUGCGUUAGAAUGUGGAAAUUUGGACAUUGCUUAUGAAUCAGCACAAAAUCUGGAUAAGAAGGAACAGUGGGUUAAAUUGGCUUCCGAGGCUUUAAAACACGGUAAUUUUAAAAUUGUGGAACUUGCUUAUCAGCGUGCCAAGAAUUUCGAUCGUCUUUCGUUUCUUUAUCUUGCCAGUGCCAACGAAACAAACUUGCGUCAAAUGUUAAAAAUUUCUCAACUUCGUGGUGAUCCCAUGUCGAGAUUUCAAAAUGCUACCUACUUGGGUGACGCCAUGGAGAGAAUACGUGUGCUUCAGGAUGUUGGACAGAUUCCUUUGGCUUAUUUAACGGCUAAAUCGUAUGGUUUGACGGAACAAGCGGAUGCCAUUUUGGCUGCUGCUGGAAAGACAGAGCUCGAUAUCGAAUUGCCUGAAGAGGAUACAUCAUCAACCUUGGCCUCAUCUUUGUUAAGCACACCUCUUACACCAUUGAAGGAUCCUAAUUGGCCACUUUUGACUGUAUCCAAGAGUUUCUUUGAAGGGGUAUUUGCAAAGGAUAAGAACACUGGUAACACGGGUUCUACUGGACCAGCAUUUGGUUACGAUGAAGGCAUUGAUAAUAUUGAAGAGGCAAGUGGUGAUUGGGGUGCGGAUGAGGAUACGGAUAAUGUUUUUGGUGUGUCUACACAACAUCAUGCCCAUCAUGAUGAUGACUUGCCCAUUGAUUCUGACCAUGAAGGAGGUGGAUGGGAUGAUGAUGCUGAUAUUCGUGCCGAUAUUGACGCUGAAAUAAGUAACGUUGCUGCCAAGGAAACCGCAGAAUUUGUUGUGCCUGAAUCGGGACUUUCUGAAACAGCAUUAUGGGUUAAGAUGUCACCAUUGGCAGCAGAUCACGUUGCAGCAGGCUCAUUUGAUCAUGCUAUGCAGAUCCUAAAUCAACAAGUGGGAGCUGUGAAUUUUGCACCCUUGAAAUCUCACUUUAUGUCAAUUUAUCAAUCCACUCGUACUUUUGUUGCAUCCAAUGCAUCUAACCCUUCAUUGGCCUUCCAUCUUCGUAGGGAUGCUGAAGUAGCCAACAUUGUGAAGAGUUCACCUGUGAUUGUGUAUCACUUGCAAAAUUUGAUCUCUGUGCAACUCCAAUCAGCCUACAAAUUGUUUUCGGGUGGUCGACUCCCCGCCAGUGCAACGCAAUUCAAGACCUUAUUACACUCACUUUUGUUUACGAUUGUAAAGACAAAGGACGAUUUAGAAGAAGCGCUGCAAUUGGUUCAGAUCUGUCGUGAGUAUCUGAUGGGUUUAGCUGUUGAACAACAACGUCGAUCAAUUACUGCUAGCGAACCCAAUAAUACAAAGCGAGCAUUGGAACUUGCUGCGUAUUUUACCCAUUGUCAAUUACAAACACCUCAUUUGCAACUGGCUUUGCGUCAAGCUGCCAAACAAGCGUUCAAGCUCAAGAAUUUCAAUACUGCAGCUCAAUUCUCUCAGAGACUGUUAGAAUUAGCUCCACCCAAAAAGAUUGCUGACGAGGCACGUCAAAUUCUUGCAGUGUGUGAACGUAAUUUGCGUGACGAGGUGACUUUAGAUUAUGAUCAAUAUAAUCCGUUUGUGGUAUGUGGAUUGUCCUUUGAGCCUAUUUAUAAGGGAUCUCCCAAAUCCACUUGUCCUUUCUGUCAAGCUUCUUAUAAGCCUGAAUACGCAGGCAAGGUGUGUACUGUUUGUGAGGUUUCUCAAAUCGGAUCAUCUGCUUCCGGGUUACGUUUGAUGACUUAA